AUGAUAGUUGACAACAACAGCAGCACGAACGUCGCGAUGAGUCGCCCACUGGCAUCUGAAACUUCAGCACCCUCUGGCGAACCUCCAUCUUAUGAUGCAGUGGUGAGGGAUGUCUCGUCAGGUCCAUAUGUUCCUGUUGGGGCCAACAAAGGCCAGAAUGUCAAAGUUUCCCCAGAACAGACAUCCCAGCAACCCAAUGCCUCUACUCCACAAGUUCCGUCCAUGCCGACGGUAUACAACUACGUCAAUCCUAUUACACAAGAGCAUAUCGUUUCCCUCCUGCCACCGGACCAUCCGCAGAUGAUUUGUCUCCAGGAAGGCCGUCACAUUCCUGAUGGCCGUUUUGGUCUACUUGGCGUUCUUGCCGCCAUUUUCUGGUUCCCCGCAGGUAUUAUCUGCUGCAUGCUCGAUAGGCAUGUCCGCUGCAAGCGAUGCGGGGUGGUCUUAAGCUCAGGGAUCACACCUACAUGGGACUGA